GUUCCUCGAUGUGAGUCGAACUACGAUUGCGUUCAUAAUGGUCUAUGUCGUAAAGAUAGCGAUGGUUAUGGCAGAUGUCUUUGUCCGAGGAGCUGUCCGCCGUACAUUCCAAUGGAUUGUAUGAAGCAGGGUGCUUCAUCAUACUAUCGGCUUCGGCAAAGAUAUCGGCACGAGCUGCCAUGCGGAGUUAUGGAUUCGAGUUAUGCGAAAAAGUACGAUUUGCCGAGUCCUCAGUGCCAUCUGGGUCGUUGCUCAUGUCCACCAAUGUUUGACAACUGGAAGACAAGUGAUUCACCGGUACUUACGCUGCUUCCUACGAAGUGUGACAGACGUGAGCGCAAAGCUUCUCUUUUACAGAAACUGGUUCUUAGUAUAGUGGUGGAUCUGCUACAUGUUUCUCUGAAUUAG